AUGCUCGCUAUAGUCAGUUCUAGUACCCCGAAAAUGCUUAUAAAGAUAUAUUGAACCACAUCUACCUUCUUCGCAUUGCCCCAAUGUCCACCUUCGAUGGGAUCGUUCAAGAAUUUCCUUACAUUCAGAUUGAUUAUUUCCGCAAAAGCCCGGAGAGGCCCCCUCCCCUGGCAUGCUUCCUCAGUCAUGUCCACAGCGAUCAUCUGCAAGGACUGGAGUCCUUUCGGACUCCUUUUAUAUACUGCUCCGCAGCAACCAGAGAGAUACUCUUGCGUAUUGAAAAAUAUCCGCAUCGCAUGAACUUUAGCAAAGGCAUCCUUGAAUCAAGGACGUUACAUUACAAACACUUAUCUAAGCUCCUGAGACCCAUCCCCUUGAACUCGCCGACGGAGAUUGAACUUACUCCUCGGCUAUCCAUCAGAGUUACUCUCUUGGAUGCAAACCACUGUUCGGGAUCAGUGAUGUUCCUGAUUGAGGGCAAUGGAAAGGCUAUCUUGUAUACAGGCGACAUUCGAGCGGAAACUUGGUGGGUCAAUAGCCUUGCCCGGCAUCGAAUUCUUAUUCCCUACACUCUAGGAAAUAAAAGAUUAGAUACAAUAUACCUCGACAAUACCUUUGCUCGCGCCUCUCACGUAUCGAACACCUUUCCAUCAAAAGCAGAAGGGAUAUCCGAGCUUCUGCGAAAGGUCGCCACUUAUCCUGAAGACACUACAUUCUAUUUUCGUGCCUGGACAUUUGGCUACGAGGAAGUCUGGAUUGCACUCUCCGCUGCUCUCAACUCGAAGGUACACUUGGAUCGAUACCAGCUAGGUCUUUACAAAUCGCUUGUCUCCCGGGGAACCGAUGCCGACGAAGCGCCCGCCCUUUGUGGGUUCGAGCUCGGGAAUCAAUUUGUUCCAGGCUGUUUGAGUGACGAUGAGAAGUCUCGCAUUCACAGUUGUGAGCCGAGCGUACACUGCUCUGCAGUGCCUUCCGGAAAAACGGUCUAUAUCGUACCGAUUGUCAACCGUGCUAAGGAUGGGUCGAAAGUCCCCGAAGUAGGAGUAGGUGGCGGAGCUGGAGAUUUGUAUCAGAUCCAUGAGCUCGAACUGCCAGACGAAUCCACGCUGGAGCAAUUGGACAGGUUAUGUCUUGAACAGAUCCAUGAUCCACGAAGCCUGUCGCAAACGAGAAAGAUAAUUUCUGAUGCGUUCAAGUCCAAAACAAAGGCUCUCUCAUUGGACAGUUACGGAAUCACAGAUGACCAUGAAAUAUCCCUGGAGAAUCUUAUCCGGAUCCUCAGCCGGGGUAACUCCAGGGAAGACCUGUGGCAGAGUGUGAUACAACACUCAUCAGAAGUCCAUGACAAACCUGGAGCUCCGCUACCCAGGAUAAUUCACUUCCCAUACUCACGUCACUCAUCUUAUUCCGAGCUAUGCGAGCUCAUCGCUGCCUUCAAACCCAAAAACAUAGUUCCCUGCACAGUUGAUCCUUUCAACUGGGGCGAAUAUGUAUCUAUGCAGUCCUUAUUUGGUCAUCUCUGCUCGGGAACCGAUUUCACUCAUGAUAAAUACAUGCGGGAUCUACUAUCUAACGAUGAUGGCACCCGCUCGAGAAAGCGAGCCCGCUCUGACGAUCCACAUUCAGACCAUAACCAAUCCCCAUACGGCCUGGAUGAUCUUUCCACCCCCGUUGCAACCUCCCAAAAAGCUCCUGCUCCGAUAUUAUCUUCCUUGGAAACAACAUCCGACAUAAUUCCGUCACCAAAAGAACCUCUUUUCAUACCGAAGUUAUCUCCAAAGACUAAGCGAGUCAAGCACUCUGAAACCCGACAAGCCUGGGAUUUUCUCAAUAACGCUCGAUCCGCAAACGCAUUCCAACACCUCGGAUCUCUCCCUUCAUCUCAUGAGAAUGAAUAUACUCCUCAAGACCCGGGAACUCCGCCUCACCCACCCAGCAGCAUAAGAAACAUGGACCUCAGCCGCGAAGAUGACGAGGUCAUUGGCGACAGUCAAAUAAGCCACACAUUCUCUGUGUCUUCAUCAGCUUUCGCUUCCCAGGAGCAGAUCCAGCCAGAAAACCACCAUUCAAUCCCCCGAUCUGAUAUUCCCGGUGAUGACCAGGCGAAUAAACACAAUGCCAUCAGACCCUCUUUAAGCCGGACCGAGUCGUCUCGCAACCGAAAGGCGGCUUACCUAGCCGCUCGAGCAGACAGCUUCGAUGCGUGGGCUUCUAUGUCACUUGUUUCGGCGGGAAACAAUCACACUGAGGAGGAGAUCGAGCUUUGA